AUGGAAGUGAGAAAAUUGGAGAGAGUUCAGAAAUGGCGACGGAGAAUAAACCGAAGAUCGUGUGGAACGAAGGGAGACAUAGAUUCGAGACGGAGGAUCACGGAGCUUUCAUUGAAUACAAGAUGAUGAACAACGGGACUGUCAUGGACUUGGUUCGAACUUACGUGCCGUCUUCUAAAGCAGGAUUGGGUUUGGCUUCGCAUCUCUGCGUCGCUGCCUUCGAACACGCGUCCUCUCGCUCUUUCUCCAUCGUCCCCACUUGCUCCUACGUUUCCGAAACGUUUCUACCUAGAAACCCAUCUUGGAAACAUCUAGUUUACCCCAAGAUCCUCAAAUCUAGCAUCUGAUUAAGCUCUCUUGCUUGCCUUUGGUGAAUCAAACAUAAAAACAUUACACUAUUAAGCACUUGUUUCAUGUGUAAACAACAAAAUGUCACACUGCACUUGUAACAGUAACAAACAGACAUGGUAGUAGUGUUGUUGUUGUCCAUAAUAAAUCAAAUAAAACAUGCGAACAUUAUAUAUUCUA